CCCGUUAGCUCCCGUCCGUGACCUGCGGCCGCGCUGGGCGUUCCGGCCGUGUGGGGCGUUCGAGCCGCGCUCCUGGCGAUGCUACCGGCGGCGGCCGCUCCCCUCCUCCGCUCGGGCCCCGCCGUGCCGCCCGUGCCAUGACCCGACCGCUCGGCGAGGGGCUGCCGUCUCCGGGCCCGCCCUUCGCCAUGUCCCGCCGCCAUGUUAUGCCGGCAGCCGCGGGCAGAGAGGCGGCCCAGGACUGCAGAAACCAGUUGAUUACGGAGUUCUUCAAGCCAGUUUUAAGUCCAGACAAAACUGUGCUGUCCUCACCAGACAAAGGAAAUGUAAAAGAUGAAGGAAUGGGACUGUCUGUAUUAUGCACUGAAGGUUUUGAAAGGAGUUCAUCUUCUCCAAAGAAGGUCAGAAGAAAAAGAUGCCAGACCAAACACCAAAUGAGUCCUGUGGGAAAUGGAUGUCCUGUAAGAAAAAUAAUGCCUUUUGGUUCAAGGGAGAUUGCCUCAGAUGACCCAUCUCAAACAAGGCUGACUCAGAUCUUAGAACAUGAGGCAUCUUCUCCACAGGCAUUUAGACCAUCAUCUGAGACGGCCUCUGGGGCACCAAAGAGCCCAGCUGUUUCUUCACACUUCCUUAAGGCAUCCUUUGGGCUCUCCAAACCAAGAGACUCUCCUGUGAAGAGAAAACACUCUGCCAUGAGUGUGGAUGUAGAUGGUUCAGAUCAAUGUGAAGUGAACGACCCUGCUUUUAGUAGAGCACCAAAAUGCAAGAACUGGAGGGGUGGUUUUGUAAAAAAUAUCUUUUUAAAGUCUUCUCAUGAUGAUGUUCUGCAGCUCAAGGAGCCUGCUGCCCUGUCUGGACAUGAUUUGACUCUUUCAGAGGAAUUCCUCAACUCAAGCAAUGAAAAGGAGAAAAGUAAUUACUCCACUGUAGGUUUGUCAUCUUCAUAUUCUGCACACAGUCCUGCUAAAAAUAACCACAUUUCUGUUGUGGAUACCAAAGAGAAUCAAUUGCAGCUGGCUAACUCAUGCUUUUUUGUGGAAAAGUCACUUCCCUUUUUUCAGGAAAAAAGUACUGUGUUGCCUUCUCCCCACCACUUCACACAAACAAAAAGCAUGAAAUCCCCUCUCCAGGUUGCUGGCUUACCUCAGGUAUUGGAUGUUAGGAAAGAGCAAGAUAAAAGACCAGAAAGACAUGAACGGAAUAAAGGACACAGUAUUCAACCCAGCAACAGUUUUUCAAAUACAGUCCAGGAGAUUUCUGAAAAUACUCCUGAUUGCUGUAGAAUGGAAAUCUGUGCUGAACUUGGUCUGUCCCCAGAGACUGGCAAAAGUGUUCCCCCUUCAUUGCCUUUGGAAGAGUCUUUUAUGGACAGCAGCCACGGGUCUUCACAAGCCUCAGGAGAAGUGGAAGUUAAAAGGAACUUUACACACAAGUCCAAGCUGAGCAGAAAAUGGCAAAGCAGCUCUGAGAGUGAAGAUGAUGUUUUGGAAUGCAUUCUAGAUGAUGAUGAAGAAGAAGAAGAAGAAGCAUUAAUGCCACUGCACAAAAUGCUUAAUUUAAGUCUCAAGCCACAGGCAAAAACCCUGGAGGACUCCUUUGACAGUGUUUCUCAGGACACUCUAACUCCAUUACUGAAGCUUCAUCUUUCUAAGGCUCCUGUUAUAAGCAAGGUGUCCUAUGUGAACAGCUUAGAUCAUCUCUUUGAGGAGGAUGAGGAAGAUGGAAGGUUAGAGGAAAUAGUGAAACGGUUACAGGAAGACAUAGAAAGAGAGGAAAAUGCUUCAGAUGGAGAAAAAGAGGACAAUGCCAAUGGAGAUGAUCUCUCAGAAGAACACAGGGCCUUUAUGAAGAGAUUUUCAGUAGCAACUUAUGUCAUACCUGACAAACACCCUGGAGAAGAUUUAUUUGAUUUAGCAGCUGCUGGGAAAAUCUUCACUCAACAUAACCUUGACUUGAGGAAUUUUCACUUUGUCCCUCAAAAUCGUAUAGAAUAUCUGCUUGUGAAUUCUAGUAUAUCACAGCAGCUUUUUUUAGUUGUUAAUGGCAUUCUAAGUUCUGCUUACCAUGAUACACCUUGUCCCAUACCAGUUCUGAAGUGGCUGUUCCAGAUGAUGUCUAUUCAUCCUGACCAUUGUGUUUCCACCAAGAUCUUGGACAGAUUGAUGGAGUUAUCACUAAAAAACUCUUCCAUCAGUGAUGAGCAGCUUAAACUAUGGAUUCCUUCAAUAGCUGAUAUAUCAACUGUUUUUGUCAAUAUGGGUGUUGGGUUCAGAUCUCUCUUUCCAUUGCAACAUCUUCAACCCCCCUUCAAUGAGCAUGAUAUUUUAAGUCAGGUGCAAGAAUCAGCGAGUCAACAACAGCCAAGAGGAGAUGAAGCCACUGCCAGUCCAGUGUUCCCCAAUCUACUUGAAAACAAUUUAAUUAAUGUGAUUAAGUUUCUAGUUUUCUGUACAUCAGUAAUUCACGAUGGAUAUACUGACCAAGAGAUAUGGCUGCUGCUUAUAUUGCUAUUUAAAAUAAGCUUGGAGAAACAGUUAAAACCUUUUCUGACAGAUUUUCAGUGCCUUUUUUUCAAGCUUCUGAUGAAUAUAAAAGACUGGGAUACAAAGAUGCCUGAGCUGUGCCUGUCAGUGAGUGAGCUCUCCAGCAAUCCCCACAACCUCCUGUGGCUCGUUCAGCUGGUGCCCAGCUGCAUCGCGCGCGGACGGGAAGUAAAAAGGCACCUUAGCCUAGUGGUAAUUGCAAAAUUUCUUCAUAAGAAGCAUGUAGAAAUACCUCAUGACAGUGACAAGCAGAUGUUUCUUCUGCGUCAGUUUCUGGUGCGCAUGAAACCUUCUUAUCUACUGAGGAAGAUGAGAGAGAUGAGAAAAGGGCAGAAGGAGCUUAAAGAUGAUGAAGUUCAUGCAGAACUAGAACAUGAGGUAUACUACCUGAUCUAUGUCCUCCUGCAUCUAGUCAGUGAAGCCAGUUUCCUUGAUGUUGUAAAUUCUAGUCAAAGGCAACACUUAGUGAAGCUUUGUCGUGCCUUGGUUAAGCACGUGAAAGGUGACAUAAGGGAAGAUGCAAGAAUGUUUUAUCGGUCUAAGGUAAGCUGCUUGGCUGCCAGGAUAUUUGAGAAAUGGCAAGACGUGAUACAAAGCACUCGGCUUACUCAGGGAAAACUGCAUGACUUCUGGGUGCCAGAUUAAUGAAAUCUUGCCUAGUUAAGGGAAACUAGCAGAAACUGAAAUCAAGGAGGAUGUAGAAUGAAUGGAGCUUCACCUUGUUUGGAACAGAAGAAAUCAGUCACCUGAGUAAGAACUUGAGCUUGAUUCAGACAAGCUCUAGACACAUGAGAAUCUGAUUUGACCAACAUUGUUUUUUACUACAAGUACUCUACUUCUGAAAAAUUGAAGUGGAUCAACUGAAAAACCUCAGCUGUUCCUACAGCCCUAUCAGAACUGGCUAGAAAUACUUUACUAUAUUGAAAGCUGAGGGAAGUUUUCUUGUUUCCCUUGUUAAUCACAGGACCUAUUUGAUAACAGUAAGUAUUUAUUUUCUUGCCAGCACAUACCUGCAAGCAUUGUUUAGGUUGGCUGAGAAAGAACUGCCCUGUGACAUGAAAUCUGAGUUCAGGAGGAGUGUUGGACCUCCCCUGUUGUGAGCAGGUGAGGAAGUGUGGGCUGAAUUCAUUCAGAUGUGGGCUGAAUCAUGGUAAUCUGCAAAGCAGAAUUGGUAUCAACAUCCAGUGUCUCUUAAAAAUACAAAAUACAGCAGUUGCACCUUCUUUAAACGGAGAAUAAAAUAUCAUCUCAGUGGAGAUUAGAGAACAGCAUUUGGCUCACCUUUGUAGGACUGUGAAAGCCAUAUGAUGACUGAAUUCCUUGGUGUGAAGUCCUGCUGCACAGACAAUAUGUGCUCAAAGCUCCAGGAGCUGUUUAUGAAAUAAGCAGAGGAAGAUGUGAUCUCCUUUUGUGCUCUCUGUACAAAUGCAAUCACUUAAAUCUUACACUGUGGUUUGUCUGUGGAAUGGAUGUAAUAGGAAGAAAAAGUUCAGUUAUUGGGUAAAAACACCAAUGGGGAUUCCCAUAAUAAGAGAUUUUUAAUAACGUCAACAUGUGUAUUUUAGAAUACUGUUUUAAUUCUUGUAGAUUGCUCUGUCUUGUAUGGAAUUCUGUAUGAUAAGAAUGUAAAAUAAGGCUUAAAAAACCUGCCAACUACAAGACCUUCAAAUUUAAUUAUGUGUAUUACAUAUAAAAGAAUUGGUAUAGAAUGGAC